AUGAAAGAGGCUGAAUCAGAGGUUGAAUUUGGUGCUUCAAUUUUAAUUGGCAGUGAGGAUUACUGUAGAACUUGUGUUAAUGGAUUACCAGUAACACCAUCUUCUAUAAGAUUACUUGGUAGAUUUCAAAAAUUGUUAACAAUUAAACACAACAAUUUAUGCCAAUAUAUUGAAUUAAUUAGGUCUCAAAAUUCUGUUAAUAUUGUUUUUGUCAUUUCUGAACAUUACUCAAAAGUAUUACCAUGGGAAGAAUUAGAUGAAAAUUUGAUAAUACCAAUGAUGAUACAACUUAUUAAUUCAACAGAUAAUGUCCUUAUCACUCCAUCAAAAAAUUUUGACUUGACAGUUAAACUUUGCCAAUAUGGUUUAAAUUAUAUAACAGGAAAUGGAAAAGAUAUUAAUUAUUUGAUUUGUGAUGCAUAUUUUUUAUCACCAGAAAGAAUUGUAAAAAUGAUACCUGGUAAUUAUAAAUCACCAGCAACAAAAAAAUCAGAUAUUUGGUCUUUGGGAAUUAUAAUGAUAGAAUUUUUUAUUAAAAUACCACUUCGCAAUCUAUGGUCACUUCAACAGUACACUUCUAUUCUUCAUACAUUUUGUCAAAAAUCUCAAAAAAAAUCAAAUAGCUUUUUAAGUUAUUUAAUACAAGCAAUUAAAAUUGCUAUGCCAACACUUUCAAUAAAUAUUGAUGAUAAAGUAAUGAAAAUAAUUGAGAAAUGUCUUGAAUUUUUACCAAGUAUGAGACCAACUGCUGAAACAAUAUAUAAUGAAAUAAAAAAUAUUACUAAAAAUGAUAAUGAUGAUGAAAAUAAUUUAGAAUUUAAAAAUCAUAUAAAAGAAGUUACCAAAAUAUUAGAUUCACAAAAUUUAGAAGGUCUUAAAGUUUAUAGACCAUUAAAUGAAUUAUUUUUUUUAUGGAAAUUAUGUGGUAGUAAUAUUGAAAGUAUAUUAAAACCUAUUGAACAAAAAUUUGCAAGAGUUAUUAUUGAUGAAUAUAAUGUAUGUGGAAAAAAUUUAGAAAAUUCAUUAAGAACAUCAUUUAAAUUAAUUAUUUUACCAAGUAGUAAUUUAAAAAGUCGUUUAAAAAAAUUAAAUAUAGAUGAAAUUAAUAAUUAUAGUAGUGAUCAAGCUGAAACACCCAAUAAAUAUGUUGAAUACAUUGGACAAACAUUAAUUGUUAAAGAAAGAAAUAUUGAAUAUCAAUCAUAUCGUAUGAGAUUAAUGAGAGAUUUAUUAUUGGCAUAUCCAUUUACAUUAGAAAUACUUAAAACUGAAUGUAAAAAAGAUAUUCCACCUGUUUAUCGUGGACAAUUAUGGGCUGCAUUAUUAGAUGUACAUGAUGAUAUUAAAAUUGAUUUUGAUCAAUUAGAUACUUUUACUGAACAACCAUCUGAUCGUCAACUUAUGGUAGAUAUACCAAGAUGUCAUCAAUACGAAGAAUUAAUGACAUCACCAGUAGCAAAUAAUCAGUUAAAAAAACUUCUUAAAGCAUGGCUUUUAGCAAACCCUGAAUAUGUCUAUUGGCAAGGAUUGGACUCUUUAGCAGCACCAUUUUUGGUACAUCAUUUUAAUAAUCUACCAAAAGCUUUUGGUUGUUUACAAAAUUUUAUUCAAAGAUAUCUUAAAAAUUUUUUUCUUAAAGAUAAUUCUCAUAUAAUUCAAGAAUAUUUGGCAAUUUUUACACAAUUAUUAGCAUUUAUUGAUUCUGAAUUAUAUUACCACUUAAAUAGAAUGGAUUUUUGUGCAGAAUUAUUUGCAAUUCCAUGGUUUUUGACGUGUUUUGCUCAUGUAUUACCAUUGCAUAAAUUAUUUCAUCUUUGGGAUACAUUACUUUUGACAGAUUCAAGUUUUACACUUUUUAUUGGAAUAGCAAUUCUUAUGCAAAUGAGACAACAACUUUUAGAUUCACAAUUUAAUGAUGCAAUUUUACUUUUUAGUGAUUUACCAGAUUUAUCAAUUGAUAAAAUUGUAGCAGAUUCAUUAUGUUAUUAUCAUUCAGUACCACCAAGUUGUGGACAUAGAAAACAUUCCUCAGAACAUCUUAGAGAAAAUGCAACACCAUUAACAAAUAUUUCAUUAAAUGAGUUAAAAACAUUUCAUUCACCAAGAAUUUCUCCAACAGAUUUAAUUAAUUUAAUUGAUCAUAAUAGAGUUCUUCUUUUAGAUAUUCGUUCAACAACAGAAUUUAAUAUAUUUUCAUUACCAAAUUCAAUUAAUUUUGCUAAAAAUUGUUAUGAUUUUAAUUCGUCAAAUUUUUAUACAUCAAUAAAAUCUCAAUUAUCAAUUGCAGCUAGUCGUAAGCAAGUGAUUUGCAUAAUAGAUUCAUUUUUAUCAGAUGAAUGUAAAAAAGUCUCAACACAAUUAAUUAAAUUUGGUUAUAAUUUUGUAUGUAUUCUUGAUGAUAGUGACAGUUUUUUGCAUGAAAUAUCAAUGAAAAAUUGUUAG